AUGAACGAGAAAACACGGAAUCUGUGUUCCCUCAUCUGUUUCUUCUACGUUCUUCUCGUCUCUCCUUCUCAAUCUAACGCCAAAGACUUUGCGUUGGGCUGUGGAGCGACAGAACCAUCUACUGAUCCAGACAAGAAAAAAUGGGAACCAGACACCAACUUCUUGAAAACACAAAACACGGUUCAGGCAACAGCUACUUAUCAAGACCCUUCACUUCUCUCAACAAUCCCUUACAUGACAGCAAGAAUCUUCACAGCUCCUGCGACCUACGAGAUCCCUGUUAAAGGAGACAAAAGACUUUUGCUCCGUUUACAUUUCUACCCAUCAACAUACACAGGACUCAACAUUGACGACUCUUACUUCUCCGUAGCAGCUAACGAUGUUACCCUCUUAACCAACUUUAGUGCGUCCAUCACAUGUCAAGCCCUAACACAAGCUUACCUGGUUAGAGAAUAUUCUCUUGCACCAACCCUAAAAGAUGUCUUGACCAUCACGUUAACUCCUUCUGAUAAACAUCCUAAGGCUUUUGCUUUCAUAAACGGUAUUGAGGUCGUUGAGAUGCCUGAACUGUUUGAUACGGCUGUUCUUGUUGGGUUCACGGACCAGACAGCUGAUGUUAAGGCCGCGAAUCUUCAGACAAUGUUUAGGGUUAAUGUUGGUGGUCAAGAUAUUCCUGGAAGUAAAGACUCUGGUGGGUUAACAAGGACAUGGUACAAUGAUGCUCCUUACAUUUUCAGUGCUGGUCUUGGUGUUACCCUUCAAGCAAGCGACAACUUCAGGAUUGAUUACCAGAAAAUGCCGGUCUCUACCGCUCCAGCUGAUGUCUACAAAACAGCUCGAUCACAGGGACCUAACGGAGAUAUCAACGUGAAAUCAAACCUAACAUGGGUAUUUCAAGUUGAUACAAACUUCACAUACAUCAUGAGACUCCAUUUCUGCGAGUUCCAACUCUCAAAAAUCAACCAAAAAGCUUUCAACAUAUACAUCAACAACAGAACCGCACAAGCCGACACAACAGCCGCUGAUAUAAUAGCAUGGUCUGGAGGUAAAGGUAUCCCAACGUACAAAGACUACGCAAUGUACAUUGAUACUAACAACGGAGGACCAGGAGGAGAAGAGGUCUCACUUCAGAUGACUCCUUCAACAUUUGAUAAACCAGAGUACCUAGACUCACAGCUCAACGGGCUAGAGAUAUUCAAGAUGGACACAAUGAAGAACCUCGCGGGUCCAAACCCUAAACCAUCUGAUAUGAAAGCAAACGAAGAUGCUAAAAAAGAGUUUCGAGGUGACAAAAGAGUCACAGCUUUUGUCAUUGGCUCAGCUGGUGGAGUAGCAGCGGUUUUACUAUGUGCAUUGUGUUUCACAAUGUAUCAAAGGAAACGUAAGUUCCAAGGAAGUGAUCAUUCUUACACGUCAAGCUGGCUUCCUUUAUAUGGAAACUCACAUACUUCUACUAUAUCCGGUAAGAGCAACAACGGAAGCCACUUAUCUAACUUAGCAGCUGGUCUAUGCCGAAGAUUCUCCUUGUCUGAAAUCAAACACGGGACUCAAAACUUCGAUGAGUCUAACGUCAUUGGAGUUGGAGGGUUUGGUAAAGUUUACAAAGGUGUUAUAGACGGAGGAACAAAAGUGGCUAUCAAGAAAUCAAACCCUAACUCAGAACAAGGUCUCAACGAGUUCGAGACAGAGAUUGAACUCUUAUCAAGAUUAAGACACAAACACUUAGUCUCCUUGAUAGGUUACUGCGACGACGGUGGAGAGAUGUGUCUUAUCUACGACUACAUGUCACUCGGAACCCUAAGAGAGCAUCUAUACAACACCAAGAGACCUCAGUUAACUUGGAAGCGACGUCUGGAGAUAGCUAUUGGUUCCGCAAGAGGGUUGCAUUAUCUCCACACGGGUGCAAAGUACACUAUCAUUCACCGUGACGUGAAGACAACAAACAUCUUGUUAGAUGAGAAUUGGGUUGCUAAAGUUUCUGAUUUCGGUUUAUCCAAAACCGGACCGGAUAUUAACGGAGUAGGUCACGUCUCGACCGUGGUUAAAGGAAGUUUCGGGUAUUUAGAUCCUGAAUACUUUAGGAGACAGCAACUAACGGAGAAGUCAGAUGUGUACUCUUUUGGAGUUGUGUUGUUUGAGAUCUUAUGUGCUAGACCGGCUUUAAACCCUAGCUUGCCUAAGGAGCAAGUGAGUCUUGGAGACUGGGCGUUGAACUGUAAAAAGAAAGGGAAUCUUGAUGAUAUUAUUGAUCCUAACUUGAAAGGGAAGAUUAAUGCGGAGUGUUUGAAGAAGUUUGCCGACACGGCGGAGAAGUGUCUCUCGGACAGUGGGUUGGAUAGGCCGUCCAUGGGAGAUGUGUUGUGGAAUCUUGAGUUUGCGCUUCAGGUGCAAGAAACUGCUGAUGGAACGCGUCGUAGGACGCCUAGUCAUGGCAGUGGUUCUGAGGAUCUUGGCGGUGGAGGUACGGCGGUUAACGUUAGCGCCGGUGAACAUGACGUCAGUGACUUGUCCUCGGAAGAAAAUAGUGGGAUAUUUUCUCAAAUUGUAAAUCCUAAAGGGCGAUAA